GAGCACCGACAAAUCCAACAACAAAUCGAAGAAACAAAGCGAGAGAUGAGUCUCAACAUCAGUUUCGCCCUUCUGCUGCUGGGUCUGGCCCUGUCCCAGGCUGUCCCCACGGCGAAGAUAGAAAAGUCGUUGGAGAAGGAGGAUCUGAAGAUCGAGGAGGCCGCCGGGGAGGAUCAGGACAGGUCGAAGAAGUCGAUAGUCUGUCUGGACUCGGCAAGCCUGCUUCCUCAGCCGCAAACCUACAGCAUCCAGGCGGCCGCCCAACCGCCCGUGCAAACCUUCAACAUCCAACCCGUACCGCAACGUGUCCAAACGUUGAACAUCCAAGCCGUUCCACAACCCGUCCAGACCCUCAACAUCCAGCCUGUCCCCUCGCCAAUCCAGACUCUGAGCGUGAUCCAGCCGCCGAUCCAGCCUGCCCAGGCCUCUUUGAAGGUGGUCCAACCGCCCCAGCCACCUUGCCCACCUGCCCAGACCAACGUGAACAUCAUCCAACCAGCUAAGGAGGAGAAAACCGUGAAACCAAUGGUCGAGACCGUGAUCCAGAAGGAGAAGAUCGUGAAGCCUGAACCCAAGCCCGAAAAGAUGAUCGUGACCAAGGUUGAGAAGGAGAUGGUGCCCGUGAUGCCCGUUUACGAGGAGCACAUGGUCGUUGUCCCCCAGAAGCCUGUCAUGAUGGUGGCCGAGCCUGAACCGGUGGCCACCUUCGUCAAGGUGCCGCACUGCCAUCACUGCCAACAGUCCGUCAUGCAGUGCAGCUGCAAGCAACAAGGCGUGCCCAGCCUGGGCUCAGCGGUAAUGGUGGAGCCGUCCGCCGUGCGCGUGAUGGGCAUGAAGGAACGAUCCAUGGGCCGGCACAUGAUCACACCUUCGCAUCAUCAUUACCGUGGCCUCGAGCGUCUCUGAAGAAGAAUCUGGAGAGAGAGGAUGUCAGAGGAUGGAGUUAGUUGUAAUAAGAUGUAAUAAUCGAAAAUAUAUAAACGU